AUGAAAUUCAAGGACACUCUACUGCCUCAGGCCAAGAAAAGUAUAGACAAAAGUGAAUUGUGGAACCCUGGCAUCUUUGGCUUCACUGUCAUUGACUUCCUCUACCUCCUCUUUGCAGUCCUCUCCACCCUCCUGCUGCUGGUGGAGGACGUGUCCUGCUCUCCUAUUCUGCCCCUGCUGUACCUGAAUUUGGUUUUCGCUGCAUCAGCGAUGUCCUACUACAUAGGGCUGUUGUGGCUGAUAGUCAACAGCACUAUGCCGUAUAUGUGCAAGAUCUGCUGGCUCUGCUGCCGCAGAGAGUUUCCCGAGUGCCCGAGGCCGGUGCUGAUCAGUGUCCAGAGGUUGGCCUUCACUCUUCUCUUUGCUGUCAUGUUGAUGGUGACAUUCCCCUGCAGGGAGAACUGUCAGGCAAAUUUCAUCUCCAUGUACAUCAUCUUCCUGCUCCUCUUUGUUGCACCUGUGGUCAUUUCUUGCACAAUUGAUUUCAUUAAGGCCAAAUGGGGCUCCCAGCAGCAGCAACCCAAGAGGCGCAACAUCGUUAUCUUUCUUAUGGCGCUCUUCAUUCUCUUCCUCAGCCUCUGGAAUUUCCUGCAGCAGCUUGGUUACAUCACUGUGCCCUCUCAGGUUGUUUUCCUGCUUGCCUGCAUCCACAGCAGCAUCAAACCCUUCAUCUACUUCUUGGUGGGGAGGUGCUGCAUGCCCUGCUCCAUGGGGUCCCUCCGUCUCUCCCUCCAGAGGGUCUUUGAGGAGCCGAGAGAAAACACUGCCCACAGCAAUGAUCCCACCAUGGACAUGGGGAUCUGA